AUGAGCUCACCUACCCUCGGCCAAAAUCGCGUCGCAUCUCGUUCACCUGAGCAGCAGCGUGUAUCAAUCGUAUCGCCUGAGGGUCAGUCAGACCUCACUUUGCCGCCACUUCGGGGCCUUGCGCCGCCGGCAGAUCACAUGUCAGGAUCAGGACCUUCACAUGCGGAGUCGAGGCCUGUGGAUGAGGAUCGAGGCUCAUCACCAGCGAUCAUAAAAGAAGAAGCUGCACUCACACCACAACCAUCUUCACCAGUUGAUGCUCGUCGACCUGAAAUGGAACAACAUACCUCCAAGGCAGUGUCUUCCCUGAAGAACGAACAUGGCCUGCGCACGCAGUCUCCUUUGCGAGAAUCUUCAGUUCCAGUGCCAACGACCGAAAUCGCGUCAGCAGAACUGCCGCCGGCAGCCUCGAAGAAACGACCUGCGCCGAAGAACAAGAAAGGGACUGCUACUACAAUGAAGAAGGCGCCACCUUCGAAAAGGCGCAAAGUCGAGGUCAAGCGGUCAGUGACACCAUCUUCGCGACCCUCCAAAGUCUCCGGCGGCGUGAAGAGCAAUAGCCACAAAGGGACACCAGCGAAUUCGUCUCCAGCGCCCUCCGCGCAGUCCAACUCGGAAGAGCAGUACGACGACGAUGACGAUGAAGACGGUGAUGAGCGGGACACCGACUUGUAUUGCAUUUGUCGGAAGACGGAUAACGGCUCAUUCAUGAUCGGCUGCGACGGAACAUGCGACGACUGGUAUCACGGCAAAUGCGUCGGCAUAGCAGAUCGGGACAAGACUCUGAUCGAGAAAUACAUUUGUCCAAUCUGCACACAGGCUGGCAUUGGUCGGACUGCUUGGAAACGCAUGUGUCGACGAGGUGGCUGCCGAAAGGCUGCGCUUGUAGGGAAGACGAAGCUUGGUGGUCACGGAAGCAAGUACUGCUCUGAGGAAUGUGGCCUGCUAUACUUUCGCGACAUGGUCGCCCGCACCCGCGGAAACGAGGAGGGCUCAAGUUCUCGUUCUGCUCGAAAGAAGGGGAGCGUGGACAACGGAGAAGACGAUUUAGGCUCUCGUGGUGGACCGCUUGCUGCAGGUGAAGUCAAGGCGCUUCUGGACGUAUCUACCACCGCAGACGAGUUCCGGAAGCUUGGCGAUGGGGUAUUGAGUCCUCCAGCAACGCCGAACGGCAAUGAUCAGACUGAGAAGAGCAGUGCAUUCACGGAGACGGAGGAGACGGCUCUUCAACGAAUUCAAGGGGACAAGGAAGAGGCGAGAAGGAGACAUGUCUUGUUGAAAGAUCGAAUGCGGUUCGUCACGCUAGUGAAGCAAAAUGCUAGCCGCCUGGCUACGGCGAAGGAGCUAAAGCCAAAGGACUUCUGCGGAUACGACUCGCGUUUGGAGUGGACAGAGGAAAUGUUUCAAAAGUGGAGGACUAGCGCUACUGGUCAAGCUGUAUUCGAGCAGGACACGCUCGCGGUGGACGUCAAAACCGAGAACGGAGACGCCGUGAUGGAAGACCAAACCUUGGCAGCCGAGAUCUGUGACCGCAAAAAGUGCGCGAGACAUUUUGAAUGGGCAAAGUUGGCGAUUGACGACUUGCGCUUCGGGAUGAAUGACAAUGGCGAUCGUAUGCGCGCGCUUGAUCGUGAGGAAAAGGAGAUUCGAGAGAGAGCGAUUCUGAGAGGGAAGGCUGGAUUGGGUCUGAGCGGGGAAGGGAGUGUCGAGAUGCAUGAAGUCGGGCUGAUUGCACCAGGGACGGGGAGCGCUGACAAGGUGGCUGUCGGGGCUGAAGUCGGUCAGGCUGCAUCUCCUCUCCCGCCGACGCCGCCGACGACGAAUGGCGUUACGGACCUGCUUCCGAUGGAUGCUGUCGAGCCCAUCGGCGAGGAUGUGGCUUGA